GGUGCUGUAUUUUACAUAAUACAUUGGCUCUCAUUGAAGGGUGCUGGUCAUUUCUAAGGGAUAAACAAACUGUUUCUAGAUCCGCUCUUACCUAGCCAGAAGAAAAGCUACAGUAAAUAGUUCGUCGUCAUCAUCAUAUACUUUUAUUGCGCUAGCCAUAGGCCAUGGCAUCAUUCGGAAAAAUAACAAGAGGAAAAACUGCAAUAACCAUAAAAACCAUCAGGCACCACACAUACAAUAUAAACCACGGUCACAACUACUAAGAUCGUUUGUUGCAUAAAAUAGAAUAGCAGAAGAUUCUCUAGUAAAAUGUGCCAAAUUAAAUAUCCAAAUCCCCUUUGCAGUUGACCUCUAUUUUAUCUAGCUUUUUCCUCCUGAUCUUCUUAGCUGCCAACGCAUAGAGUGCUACUUUAUAAGUUACAAAGCCAUCAGUAUCGCUCAGUAAAUAGUUAAGUUUACCCCCUUUAUCCAGUUUCUUUUAUAGGAAGAAGGCCUUUUUAAGAUCACCUGAAGUUGCAACUAGUUCCAGCUGUUCCACAUCUAACUUGUCUGGCUGCUGAGUGGAGAGGGAAAGAUGCUGAGCUUCCCUGCCUGCAGGCUCUCCUAGCUGCCAUCUUCCGGUGAGCACCGUUGACUUGGACCCUGAUCCUUCCCGUAAAUAGUCGAUUUAUUCUGCACAUUCCCAGCGAGGAGCGGGACAAUGCCAUCCGAGUGUGUUUUCAGAUUGAGCUUGCCCAUUGGUUUUACUUGGAUUUCUACAUGCAGAACACACCAGGAUUACCUCAGUGUGGGAUAAGAGAUUUUGCUAAAGCUGUUUUCAGUCACUGCCCUUUUUUACUGCCUCAAGGUGAAGAUGUGCAGAGGGUUUUAGAUGAAUGGAAAGAGUACAAAAUGGGAGUGCCAACCUAUGGUGCCAUUAUUCUCGAUGAGAGCCUUGAAAAUGUGCUGCUGGUCCAGGGUUAUUUAGCAAAAUCUGGCUGGGGAUUUCCAAAAGGGAAAGUGAAUAAAGAGGAAGCUCCACACGACUGUGCUGCUAGAGAGGUAUUUGAAGAAACUGGUUUUGAUAUAAAAGAUUACAUCAAUAAAGAUGACUAUAUUGAAUUGCGAAUAAAUGAUCAGCUGGCACGCUUGUACAUCAUUCCAGGAAUUCCAAAGGACACAAAAUUUAAUCCCAAAACAAGGAGAGAGAUUCGGAACAUUGAAUGGUUCUCAAUAGACAAAUUGCCUUGCCAUAGAAAUGAUAUGACUCCGAAGUCCAAGUUGGGUUUGGCACCUAACAAGUUUUUCAUGGCCAUUCCCUUCAUCAGACCACUGAGAGACUGGCUUUCUCGACGGUAUGGAGAUUCUUCUGAUAGUGACAAUGGAUUCUCAUCAACUAGUAGUAGCACACCACCUAAACCCAACAUGGAAAAAAUGAGAUCUAAACUCCAUUAUAGCCAGCCAGUGGUUACAGAUGGUCCUUCAGGAGAGCAGUGGACGAAACAAAGGCAGUUGCAACAACAGAAGCCAUAUAACAAUCAUUUUGAGACGUCUGAUGCGUUAAAACUAAAGAACCCACGUAGCAAUGGUAGAAAGCAAUACCAAGACACUCCCAAUCAAAAGAAGAAAACUAACGGAGUGCAAAGUCAGCCAGCUAAACAGAACCAAACUUUGAAAUGUGAAAAGAAGUUACACCCCAGGAGACUUCAAGAUAAUUUUGAAACAGAAGCAGCAUAUGACAUGUGUUGUGUCAACGAAGACCAGCUCUUAGAACAUGGACAAUCAGGGCCAUGCAAUGGCCACUGCAAAAUCACUUUCUCCUCACGAGCUUUUCUGAGCUUCAAGUUUGACCAUGACGCUAUCAUGAGAAGUUUUGACCUUUGAUGCUUGUUCAUUUGCACAAGUCUGCCACAGACCUGGUGCAAAGUAGCUGAGCAGGUUUCUUAAAUCCAGCCUUUACCCUUUCUCAGGUUUAAAAGCAAUGCAGGGACCUAGUGAUGGGCUGGAAGGCUUCUCAUCGCAAUAUGGGAGUGACACCAUUACAGUGUUGCACUUUAAAUGCAGUAUAGCUUUUACCUGCAGAGGGGAAAAAAUGCUUUCCAGUGUUUCAUUUGCUAGUUCCUAACUAUGCAUUAGAGGGCAUUUUUUUUUGCUGUGUGUUUAGAUUUCAGAGAAGUAUUUUAUUUAGCCCUAGUGCUAUACUAACCUCUUAAGUGUUUAGAUUUGCUCUGAUGUACAAUAAUUCUUUGGUUUCCAGUAUGUCACAACAGGGUGGCAACUGGCCUGAAACUUCUGAGGACACACCUGUUUUGUAUUCUGGACAUAGUUAGACCUUUUAUGACUUUGUAUGCUAAAAGGCUAAUUUCUCUUUUUGCUAGUUCAGGAUCCUCCUCCCUCGGAUCUUCUGGCUUUUGAAACCAUUUGAUUCUCUUUUGCACUGUACCAGGUUUUUUUUAAAGGCAUGUUUUAAAAUGGUAAUGGUAUAAUGAAAAGCUGAAUUCUGCUCAGAGAUUGUCUCCCCCCUCCUCUCCAGUUCCAGUAGGAUUGGGUGGUGGUGUUCAGCUAUGGUAAACCUGGUUUUCUUGGUCUGAUUUUGCUGUUUCUGCCAUUUUGGAAUAACAGCAACUGGUUUGAAUAUGCAGCAUGUUAAAAUGUGGAUUUAGGGGGGGAAUAAUUUUACUGUAUAGAAUGUAAACUAGCCUUUUUAAAGUACUGCAAGGAGAAAAUUCAAAGCAUGUUCAGGACAGCACAUGAUAUUCAGCCUGAGUUUUGUUUUGUCAUUGUACUGUUCUACUCUGUUACAUUUUGACCAAUAUCUUUCUGCUUCAACAUUGAGUUUGGUGUCAACACAAUAGUUGCAACAGUUUUAACAUUUUAACAAUUUUAACAAGAAUGCAGCAAGGAGUGCAAGAGAAAGGCAUUUAAGUUUUUAUUUUAACAAAAUGUACAGAUUGCUUAAUCUAAAAAAAUUAUUGAAUGGUUUACAAAACGACAUCCCAUGAUUGUUCUGAAGGCAUGACUGUGAACGUAACUUACCUACAGAGCUGCUGCUGAAUUUCUCUCUCUUUCUCUCCAUAUCCAGCCUUUACCUUGGCACUGUAGAACAGCUUGUAAUAAGUGUUUGAGAUUUCAAAAACCAAACUUCCAGCCUACCUGGGUUAAAGUUUGGGAACUGAGUAAACCAUUUAUAAUUUUGCAUAGUGCCUCUUCUCUUGCAAAAUCUGUAUAAUCUCCCUUGCUGAAGGACUGUCAAGGAAAGUAUAAAUUUUGUGAGCCUCCAUUUUGCCUGGGAAAGAAACUCAAAUUAAUUUUAAAUAUUGUUGAGUGACAGAUUUGCUGAGUAGUUACAUGCCUGCCAGCAACAUCCAUAAUUUAUUUAAAUCAGCAAAUUCACUGGAUCUGCUAAUCUGUUAAGACAGUUGAAAGGUUGGUGAUGGACAAAGACACCACUUUCCCCCUGUCCACCUCUAUUUAGAGGGGGAAAUUUUGGUCAGUAUUUAGUGCAGUUUGACUUUUUAUAGCAAUAAAAGUGCCUAACUUGCUAACUUCUCGUUCAUGGCAAAUUGCAUUUUCAGACUGCUUGUGCCAAUCUUCUUCUGAUAUGUAGCUUGAUUUUCCAGGAAUAUUACUCUUUAUGCUGCUUCCUUUUUGGUACACCAUGGAACUCUGGCACAGUUAUGUGAAUUUCAGAUAUGAAAUGAAUUCCUUCCUGACAAACGCUUAAAUCACUGUAGUUUCAGUGAGACAAAACAUCUAAAGUGAAACAGCUUUGUGUUCAAGUGUUCAGAGUGUGUAAGUUCUGCCCUAACGUCUGGAUAGACAAAGUGUAGCUCCCAUUUUGCAAUUCUUUAGCAAAGACAGUGUCAGGCUUCUUCAUGGAUAACUUCCCAGAAGCUAUAAAAGACUAACUUGGGUUUGUUAAAUCUAGCCUUAAAAUGGGUUGCAAGUAAACAUGGUAAAUAUGCAAUAAUUUUCACUUUUACAAGGUACCAUGUUUCAUAAAGUUGUGUUCCUUAAUUUUAUUAUCAUGUAUUAAGAGUGUCUGAAAAUAACUGUUUUAUGGAUUCCUGGGUGUCCUGCACUGUGAACAUUUCAGGUUGUUUACUUUUCAUUUUUUGUAUGGUAAGAGUUUUUUUGUUUUGCUUGGAAAGUGUUUAAAUGAAUCUUUUUAUACGUGUGUAUUCCAAAGUCCAGGCAUAUGGUUUACAUAGAUUUCUGUAAAACAAUGAAGAAAAGGCGAUUUGGGAAUUGUGAAUUUUUGUUUCUCUGUGGGCAUUUUAAAAGAUGGGGGAAUAAAUGGAUAUGUGAAUUGAUUUGAGAUAAUCUUUACAGAAAGAUCAAACUGCUUGAAUGUUGACUGCUGGUCUGAUGUGCUUGAGGAGAUGCAACAAACUCCUCUCUGUGCUGCACCUAAUUGCAUUACUCGUCUGAUCCUUUUGAGGUCAAAUUAUUUCUGCUACAAAAGCAAAGGAUGCUCAGCAGACAAAAGACUUUAAACAGGAUCCUUGGGACUGCAUACUGAGCUUUUGGGAAAUGGUUUUGAAUAAAUGUAUGUGUGUCUGUGAGUUGCUUAGUGAAGCUUUGAUUUAUAGCUACUCUGUUUUGUUUUUGGUGGCUCAUGAAGUCUGUGGUUUCUGCUAGACUUGUGUGCUAUUGAAAGCUUUGUAUUCAGUAUCUGAGCUUGAGAAAGCAGAAUUGAGGAGAAAGGAGCAGUUUUCACAUUUAGCUGCACUUCACUUUUCCAAGGGUUAAGGUAGCCUUUAAGCUCAAAUAUUUGUGUGCUAAGGUUAGCAGUUUGCUUUGCAGAAUUGUAGUACUAAAUACUGGUAUACAGCUGUGGCAAAAAUCCCUCUUGAUUUUAGUUGAAUUUUGGGGCUGUUUUGCAUGGUUGGUUGCAGGAAAAGCACAGCAGAAUUUUGCAGUGGCCCAUACUAGUGCUGGAGAUUUAUGCAAGGGUCCUUAGAGCAGCUUCUGACAUGAAGCUUGGUAUUUGAAAGCUGGUGCCUCUCCUGUUCCUUCCAUUUCUGUCCCAUCUGAAACGGAACUGCGAGUUGCAAAUGUUCUGAGUCUGGCAGCUUGUGAGUUUUUCUUAGCCGGUCAUACAGAGGUUAUGCAUGUUCCUUUGCAGCCCAAGAAGUCUGAGCAUAGCUGUUAUGGUAGUUCCUAAUUGUGAAACGCGCAAUUCAGAUGUUCUUGCUCACAGUUGUUCCUUACACUAGAGUGCUUACAUGUGACAAUAAUUUACUGUGCACUGUGAAGGCAUCCUUACAGGAAAGUUAGCUAUUACUGAAAUCUUGGUAUACUCUUUAAACAUAUGUAGCUAUAUCUUUUUCACAAAGGGAAAGAUAAAUAGGCUUAUACCUUACUUUUUGCAGUAAGCACUGACUGAUGCAAUAUGGCUUGUAUGCAUAUAUAUUCAGCAUGCAUUUAUGGUUGCUUUUAUUUUUGAUAAGAGCAAUGGAAAAAAUAAACUCUUUAAUUUGUUAUUGUCAGGAUCACGAAAAUCCUAAUGUCCUGCCUGGUUUUGAACUCUUCAACCAGUUUUUAAAAUAUUUAAUCUUUUUUGACAAUGAUCCAAGGAGCCACAUGGCCCAUUCUGUGCAUUUGUGUAUUUUAGUAGGCUUGAAACUGAUUUCUCCCCGUCCACUCCCCUUUUUUUUCGUUUAAGCAGUAGCAUUUUAUGGUAUGUAACAAAUAACUGCUUUUAAAAUGGGAGAAGUGAAAAACAAUCUUGUUGCGCUCUACAAAAGCAGCUUUUUAGAUUCUUGCUGCUGUGGUUUAAAUAACAUAAUGAAACCUGUAACUGUGGUAUAAACUAUUAGAACUGUGCUUGGAAAUGAUGUACGGGUUGCUGUUUGAAAUGAGUUGAUUGAAUGGACCAAUGUUAUUAAAAAAGUGACAUUUAAUUUGUGUCAUUAAUGAAGCAUAGAUCACAUCAAGAAAGGAAUGUACAUUUUACAAUAUAUUUCUACAACUACAAAUAUUUUAUAUAAAGGAUCAAUGAUUCUACCUUUCAUAACGGCUGUAGCCACUGUAUUCAACCACAGGCUUGUUCUUGCCCAAAAUUGGUUUAUUCUUUCAAGCUGAACAAUUUUAAUGAAACUAAACAUUCUCUGAAAUAAAUUUUACUUUAACAGAUUGAAAAUGUGUGUUUAAACAGUAGGAUUGUUCACUGCUAUGUUUUGUGAAAAAUGGCAUUGCUACAGAAGGGUGUGCUUUUGAUAGGAGGAGGUGUGCAUUUGGCAAUCACCUAAUCUGACAAGUUGUGUUAUUUCAAAAUACUUUAAUGUACAGUGAUUUGCAGCCUAGCUUUAAAGAAGAGAUAGUAACAAGUCGUUCUUCAUAACUUGUGAGAGGCGGAGAGCAGUGGGAUAGGUAUGUAUUGCUUUAUUUGUUAUAGGCUAGGUAAAAUAGGUUACUUUUCACUAAGUUAACAUGGUUUGAGAUUGCUCUAUUAAAAAAAGUACACUGUUAGGUGCUAAGUAAGUUAAUGUGUUUAUUUUUAUGUUCAUUGAGCAAUUUGAUUUUACUUAUUACUGCUUUUAUAUUAUAAAAAUGCUUACUAGUAAGUUUUGGAUUUCUGGAUAACUUGUAAACUUGAAAUGUGAUUGUUCUGAACUGCAAAAUACAGCUGGGUCAUGUCUACAAUACUGAUGUAUAAAACAUUGCCCCUGGUGUUGUUGCCCCAGGUAUCAGUGUGUGAAUUGUCAAGAGAAAGCAUUUUUCUGAAAAUUUGUGGAAUUGCACUUGGAGCCCACAAAACAUGAAAACAGAGCAUAAAAGAAUUGUCAUGUGAGUUGUGUACAUUCAUCCAUUUGCCAUUAAAAGUUAGUUUUCAUAUAAACAAAUGGAAAGCUGUUUAUUGUGCAAGCAGUGAGAAGGGUUCACACAAUGAUUAAAAUAAGAACCAGGAAAGCAUUUUCCUGUCAAGAAGCAGUGACUCUAUAACCUUUGAUAAAAAAGAGAAAAGGCCAUGGCAGAAGGCGUAAUGAUAUUUGCAUUAGAAAUUUAUUCAGAAUAUAAGAACAUUUGUAAAAGUAUUAUAAAUGCCUCUGUAUAAAUAAAUGCAGUUUGUACAAGUCUAUAUCAAAUAAAACAAAGUAGCUAUUUUACAGCAGCUAAA